CCGGAAGCUAUCGCAGACACGUCCGCAAACGCUUACUCGAUGGGCCCAACCCCAUCGCGAAGACUUGGUGGCGUCGGGGGCCGAUAUAGACUGAAGUUUUCCGGAAGCCGCUCCGAUACAACGGCUGUGUGCAAGAUCACCCUAGCAAGUUUGACAACACUGGAGCUGCUGCAUGACUUCAACGACGUCGACGUCCCUCGCCAAGACGUGGUGCGGCUAUACUUUUAUUGCAGAAUCUGGAGUGCCGGGGUUCGGAGUGGGUAAACUUCUCAAAGUCGAUGAAUGGCGAAACCUUCGGCAUUUUAUAUCGACAACUUGUCCGAAGGAUGCAAGAACGCCAAGGUUCAUCGACCUCCGCGACGGGGUUGACUGCGCGAUUGAACAAAAAGAGCCACCUCGAUCGGCCGGUGGGCCGAGGCAAGGCGGAAGUCAGCGAGAGCGCAUUCUCGUUCCUCUUCUGCGAACUUGUCCAGUACUUUCAAGGUCGUGUGCUCAACAUCAGCGACUUGGAGCGCAAACUCGAGGCCGCGGGUUAUGGCGUCGGUGUGCGCGUGUUGGAGCUCCUUAGCUACCGCGACGUGAAUGGAAACGUGUCGAAGGACAAGCUGCGUCGAGAAACUCGUCUCAUCAACAUGCUCCAGUUUGUCGUGUCUGUGUGUUGGAAGACACUCUUUGGAAAGCCCGCGGAUGCACUCGAACGUAGCACCGAGAAAGAGAACGAAUACAUGAUUCACGAGAAUGCGCCGCUCACAAACAAGUACAUUUCCGUGCCCACAGACAUGGGACAGCUCAAUUGCGCGGCGUACACGGCGGGGGUCCUCCGCGGCAUCCUAGAUUCGGGCGGUUUUGUGCGUCUUCAAUCCCGCUUUCGUGAUGACGAUGCGUCUCCGUAGUACUGCGACGUCAGUGCCCACUCAGUCGACCUUCCUGGCGGCGGCGGAGAGAAGACUGUGUUCCUCGUCAAAUUUGACGACCGAACGAUGAAGCGCGAAAAGAUUCUGUCGUAGUGGACCAAACUACCGACUGUUUGCCCUGCAUGCGUACGCACUCGUUGGGUUUCGGCGAUGGAGGGUCUCCGCCCAGCAUUCCCAUCACACGAUGAAUAUCACAAUAAGGAUUGCUUCUUCCUUGGUGCCUGUAUACUUGACGACCUAAUGGCGGCGUCCACGAGGUCUUUGUACGGCGUUGCGGACGUGGUUAAUUCCGUUGCGAACAUUGUUGGCCACCUUGUGCACCUUGUUCGCAACACCUUGCACCUUAUUGAGGACUGCCCCCACCUUCUUUGCCUUGGCCGCCACUUUGCCUGCCCCCGUGGCCACUUUACCCAUCUUUGCGGCAGUUGCCCCCACCUUGACGGCUUUGGCGCCAACCGACACUGCUUUGGUCAACUUUGCCGCAAGUGUCACGCCUUUGACCACCGCUGCAAUUCCUGUGAAGAUAAAUUGCCGACGCGCCUUGAACUUUCCUCCCUUGACCACCACACCACUAGCUUGCUUGUCGCGGUUCUCCUUUUCCUCUUCGGGGUCCACCACCGUGAUGACUUCUUGGGUGUCUUGCACGAUUUCCCCAUUCGCAUUCGGAUGGGGCUUCCCCACAGGGACCAUUUCACGGCGGACGCGGAGGUCCGUGGGCAAUUCGCAUGUCACUUGGAGCACAAGACACGCAACCAGAAGGAGCCAACGGAGGACGUGCGCCAUGGUGGGUCGACGGGAAU